CUUUUAAAAUAAAAUUAAUAAUUUUAUUGCAUAUAAAUUAUACAAAUAUAAAUUGAAUUUUAUAUAGUUUAUACAAAAUUACAAAUAUUGUAAUACAAUAUAUUAAAUGUCGAAAAAAAAUUAACAAUCAUCCAAUAGCACAAUUGAACUUUAAUAUUAAAGAUUUGAGGUUUAUAUCAAAUUUAUAUAUCGUAAAUUUUAAAUAAAAUUUUUUUUUAUUUAUUAUUAUGAAUUAACUCAUUCAUUUUUUCAUAAAUAUUAAUCGCUUGGUAUGACUCUACAACAUUCGUUUGCAUAAUUAAAAUAUUAAUUAUGAUUUACAUUUGAGGAACAUCAAAUCUCAAACCACUAUUCUAAAUAGGAAGAUGUGCGUCAAAACGUGCAUCGAAAUAUUCAAACAAUGCGCAGUUUGUAUAUAUUCCUGUAUGCAUGCAAAUUGAAGUAUACAUCGUGAUAUGACCGCAUUAUUUUGCCGGCACCCGGCACAUUGGGCUGCGCGAUCGACAUUUCCUUCAAAGCGCAUCUACACAAUAUAUCUAUGUUUCCACGUGAUCACAGGAUCGUCUUUGUCAUUAUACACGAUAUCAGUCUUGAUACGUAUUUUUUGCUAUUGAAAAUAGCAAACGCUUUCGUAUUGGAUACUCUAUCGAAGAAUCUAGAAUUACGACAUAAGUUGCAACGAAUUGUAAUUUCGUCGCAAAAUUUACGCUAUUAUUUCGAUCAUCAAUAUUUAAUCGUUCAAUAUGUGAUUUAAACUUGUUCAUCUAUUUAGAAAAUUAAUUAGAAAAUAUUUGGAUAAAUAUGAAUCAAAAAAAAAAAAAUGCAUCGUAUAUAUAAAUCAAGUAAUAAAUUUAUAACCAAUGCGAAGCUUUUUAAUCAAGAAUCUGAUUCACGUUUCGUUAUACGAAUCAAUACUAUAAAAAAGUCUGUUUCGCAACAACGCUCAAAAGUAUCGUUGAUGCUGAUAUGUUCGUUGAAUGCACGAAUGUUCGAAUGUUCGAGAAACAUUUCUUUAGAGGUCUCGUAUUGAUUUCUAAACACGAUUUCCUCCGAAUACUCUUCAUUUUUCUCUCUUAUCGAACACCAAUAUCUGUUUGUUUGCGAUUUGAGAGGGUAUACAAGCGGCGUCCUCCAGGUCUAACUGUGUAGUCGCCCGUGAUCUUGGCGAGGUGCACCGUGACCAGGAGAAACGACGCGAUACCUUUCGCCCUGGAAACGAGCCAACUUCGUCUCGAGGGCAAGGACAAGCUCAGUCAAUUGAUCACGCCAUAAUUUGUGCGAAACGUUUAUAGAACCUAGUUUAAUUUUAACACAAGUUUUAUUAUCUCUUUACGAAUGAACUAGUUUUCCUGAAGGAUUAUAUAUUCGUAGUGCAUGUUCCAUAUCUUUCUCUCUCAUAGAGGAUAUCUAUGCUUCUAUGUUCAUUACACUUUGUCAGCAAUUAAAUUUACAAGUGCCAAUUACCAAGCUCUCACGCUGUCUUAAUGCAUUAACAAGGUGUCCCUUUGAACUGUUCGCGAAUCUUCUUCUUGAACCUUUCCUGAAUAGAUAAGACCAAUAUGAUGCAAUAAAAUAAAUUCGAUAUCAUCGUUUUCGAAUAUUAGAUCAAAUUAUAAAUACGAUGGAAAACUAUUCAAAUUCUAAUCGAACACUCAGAAAAAUAAUAAAAAGGAAACAGAUAAAUGUGUCGAUAUUGAUAUUGCGACCGAUCGUUGCAACUUUUAACAAAAGUUCGAUAUCGUUUGCACGAUAAAAAUCUUUCUAUCGGUGAAACUUCUACUUACGAUAACACGGAAAUCCCCCGGGAGAAGAUUGUCGAAAAAAAAAAGAAGAAAAAAAAGAGGUUAUUUAUAGAAACGCAUCAAGGCGGAUGCGUUGGUGUGCAACCUUUUCAACGGUGUUUCUCAACCUACAUACGUUGCAGGAGAUCCCAGCUGAUCAGUUCUCGUGGUGCUGUGAGGAUUGAAAAAGUGGUGGGUGGUCCGUUGAGGCAGUAGGUGUGCGCGGAAGGGGUCGGUUAUAGGAGGGUUGGAAAUACAGGAAGCACGGCGAGAGAGAGAGAGAGAGAGAGAGAAGGCGCGGUCAUGUGCGUCUGCGCGCGAUUCGGUCGGUGGGUCGGUCGGUCGGUCGGUCGGUCGGUCGUUGGGUAUUGAUUUUCGUAGGAGCACCGGCAUACACGUAACUCCACCACGUAAAGCGUAUACAUGCAUCCACGACGACUGACUGGCUGGCAGCUUUUGCCAAAUAUCUGCGUAAAAUUUCGCAAUCGCAGAUUCUCGACACGCUAAAUCGACUCAUUCCUGUGUUACGCCUUCGAGAGAAUAAUACACUUUGCCGCUACUCUCUCACUGAUCAAGUACAGAUUCUUUAUUAGCGUUCCCUGUGCAUCUCGUUUUUGAAAAACAGUCGAGUCUCCAUACAAGGAGCUGCGCGAGCUGCAGAGUGAACGAAGAAGCGCGGUCGUAGAAGAAAGCCAAUCGUCAGGCACUCAACAAGAUGCCUGCUCCAACAUCAGCACCGGGUACGGUGGAGGGCCCACCUCGCACUGAGUUGCAGGAAUUACAACUAAAGGCCGAUCAAACUACAGAUGAGUCCCUGGAAAGUACGAGGCGUAUGCUGGCAUUAUGCGAGGAGAGCGAGGAUGUCGCAGCGAACACUCUGACGAUGUUAGAUCAUCAAGGCGAACAACUGGACAGAAUCGAGGAGGGUAUGGACCAAAUCAACGCCGACAUGCGCGAGGCCGAGAAAAAUCUCACGGGAAUGGAAAAGUGCUGCGGCCUCUGCGUUCUUCCAUGCAACAAAGGCGCCAGCUUCAAGGAGGACGAAGGAACGUGGAAAGGAAACGAUGACGGUAAGGUGGUGAACAAUCAACCCCAGCGGGUGAUGGACGAUCGCAACGGGCUUGGCCCUCAGGGCGGAUAUAUCGCCAAGAUCACGAACGAUGCCCGUGAAACGGAGAUGGAGGAGAAUAUGGGCCAGGUGAACACGAUGAUCGGUAAUCUGAGAAACAUGGCGAUCGAUAUGGGUAGCGAGCUGGAGAAUCAGAAUCGGCAAAUCGACAGGAUCAAUCGCAAGGGCGAGUCAAACGAAACGAGGAUAGCCGUGGCGAAUCAGCGUGCGCACGCUCUACUCAAGUAAAAUGCGUCUCUCUGCCCAAGUACCCGUCUCCUCCGAGCCCCAAAUUGUCAAACAAAAAAAAAAACAAAAAAAAUAUAUAUAUGUGUGUAUAUAUAUAUAUAUAUACGCACAAUGCAUAUAUAUAUAUAUAUGUAUAUAUAUAUAUAUUAUAUCAACUCCAAAAAUAUUGUACGCUCACACGCCCACGACCCCUUCUUCUGCCUUCUCGUCGUCGGUCGGACAUCGCCAACCCGUCAACCCAACUCGUGUCUCCAACUCGAUCCACCUGUUUGUGCUACAACGAAAUCAUCGAGCCUUCCGGUUUACAUCGAUUUAUAUAUUACGUGUGUUUUAUGUCUCGUCUACUUAGUGCAAUCUCCCUAUAUACGCAUCGUUCUCUACACCUUACCGUUCUGUAACCCGCGCCAUCUUUUUUGUCGUCGCGUUGUCGUCGCGUUUUUUUUUUUUUUUUUUUUACGUUCUUUCGUAGAUAAUUAUAUACGAUAUACCCAGGAUGCAUAAUUAUAUAUAUAUAUAUAUAAGUGAUAUUUACUGUGUACGACGAUGAUUUAACCUUUCUUUAGAAUCUUAUUUGUCGGAUGAAACCCCACAGGAUCGUCAUCGCGCUCGUCGUUGUCGCGCCAACUGUAAUACGAGCUCUGUUUCUCCUUUAUUGUUAGCAUUCCCUUCAAUCGAUUCAAUAUUCCCCUCCCCUCCCCCACUGAAUAUUCAAUUUGCCUCUUUUGCCUUUCACCGACCACUCCUCGCUAUCGGUCGGAUAAUUGCAUCGAUCGGGUUUGAAUUUAUAUUCGUUCAGAACGAAAGAGCUCGAACGAAUGAAGGAAUAAUAAUCGGCGAGUCGAAAACGGCGAGGACGAUGACGACGACGACAAAUGGUGAACGAGGAAAGAGCGCGGAAUAAAUCCAAGUUAACGAGGUCGACAAUAACAUGAUCUUUGAUACACGUUUAAGUUUGGGUUACGAUCUUUCGUUUGUUUGUUUUUUUGGCACGCAGGGCGAAUCGAACGAGACGAGGAUAAAGGUGGCCAACGAGCGAGCCCAUCAACUACUCAAGUAAGGCCACUCUCGACCACUUGCACCCCGUCGGCCACCAACAGCACCAAAUACCAUCAUCACCACUAUCACAAUCACAACUACGACACUAUCACCAACAACAGUUACAAUAACAACCACAACAACAGCAAUAACAACAACAACAACAACUACAACAACAGUGUUUAUAAUAAAACCAGAACUAUCAGCUACAAAUAAUACAUACAAUCGAUUACUCUUCGUUAUUCAUAUACCGUUACUUAAGUACUCAUAUGCUUACUUAAUUUAUUUGUCACUUUAUUUGUCACAAUGUACUUAUAUUCAUCGUGAACAGUAUAGUACAGACGUGUUGACAAAUAGGCGAUUGAAUACGAUCGAUAACAUCGUUCUAUGAUAUGUUCUCUUUCUGUCCUUAAAUUUCUUUCUUUCUUUCUUUCUUCUCUUUUUUGUUCUUCGUUUUUCUUUUCUUUCAAUUAGUCAAUAAUCGCGUACGUUAUUUAGAAAACGUCCAGAAUGAUCAUUCAUGUCAAUUUUACUCGCAGUUAAUUGAUUUAUUGUUGUUCCAACGAUCGUCGCCUCGAAAAAGUUAUUGCCUUCUGGGAAAUAAAUUGUACCAUUGUAUGUGCUGUGCCUUUUAUUUUCAACGAAUGUUAAAAAGUAAAUUCUAUUUGAAUAUAUCGCUUGUAUCUUUUUUUUUUUUUUUUUUUAUUCGUUUUGUGUUAUUUUAACCAAGUAGUUCGAUUCUUUAUACGACCAUAUUUUCGUUCCCUUACGACCUUUCGUUUCUUUUCUUUGAUUUGUUAUAUGUUGUGUACGAACUCUUCGAAUGAUUUUUCAAAGAAUCUGCUCGAUCGCACCUACGAACUUCAUCUUUAACCCUUAAGAGAGCAAAUUUUCAUCUCUAAAUGUAGAAAUAUUUAAGAGAAAAAGUUAGAAGAGAAAAAAAAAAUUAGUUUAUUUACGAAUAAUAUUUACAUGUAACGAAGAUGUCGACGCGAGAUAGCGCCGUCAAGUCAAUUCAGUGAUUCGGUAGAGUUUUUUAAAAGACAAGCAGACAUUUACGCAGAAGUAAAAAAAAAAUAAAAAAAAAGGAGAGAUAUAGAGAGCAAAUGAAUAAAAAUAAUAAACGAGUAAAGAUUUUUUCAUCUUAAUUGCACGUUUAUCCAAGUUCUUCCUCUCGUGAUAUAGCGUUUACACUUUUAACGAUUUAUCUAAAAAGUUUCUAAAAAUAAGAGGAGAGAUUAUUAAAUGAUAAAUUAAGAAAAAAGUCAAAAAAAAAAAUCAAAAAAAUAAAAAAAUAAAAAAAAGAAAUAGAAAUCCUUUAGCUAAAAAAGAAAAAAAACGAAACGCGUCAAGUAUCGUGCGCCUGUUUAAGGGUUAAAGAUUACCCACAGAUUAACGAGAACAGAAAUGCAUAUACACACAAAAGAAAUGACAACAAGAGUUGUACCGGGAGCGUGCACACGCUGUUUGUUCUCUGCAUCGUGCGUGUACGUGCGCAAAUCGAAGCGAUUCUGUACACAUACACAUGCACAAUUCUUACAUCGGAUACAUACAUAUGUCACACAAUCGUAUAAUCACACAGAGGACACAUACACACACAUCCACGCAAAGAGAAAUAACAGAAAUAAGAAAAAGGGAGAAUAAUGUAGAUCGCACAGCGUGUGGGAGUGCACAUGUGAACGAUACAUACGCACAGCGAGGAUCCCCCCCCCCCUUCCCCUAGAUAAUACAUACCAUGUAUAAUUUGUUAUCACGAUUAGCGUUACGACCAAAAAUAUGUACAGUAGAAUCGAUACUUAGACGGACACCGCGUGUGUAUGUGUGCGUGUGUGUGUGUAUAUGCGCGUAUGCCGGGACACACGCGCGUGUAAAUUCGAAGCAGCUAGUAGGUCGUAGCCGAGCGUGCUAAACUGCGAGGAGCAGCCUCGUUGAGAUAUCUUUACGUAUCCCACGUUCGUGUAGAGACGAACUUAUAGACGAGGGAGCCUGCCUUAACCGGCAAAUAAGAUAGAUAUUUAGAUUCCUUGGAGAGAUGAUCGAGUAAUUAUCCGCUUAUUCUUUUUCUCGUGUAACACGCUCCACGUCGAACAUCGUGCGAUCAACGAAACAUUCUCGCUCCCCGCGAGAACUCGAGGAAAAGUGGAACGAAACGCAGCGCAGAAUCGCAGAGCGGAGGAGGACGUUUAGCGCGGCAGCAAGUCGAUUUCUGUGAAGAGGGAAGAGAUGGGUGGGUGUUCUUCCUCUGUGAAGAAGGAGAAGCGAAGAGAGAGUGAGAGAGAGAGAGAGGGAAGAUUUGAUUAAUCUAAACAACGAAGAAGACGCGUCGUUUCGAAAGAAAAGAGAGGGGGAGAGGGUGCGAGAGAGAGAUGGGAAGAAAGGAAGGAAGAAGGAAGGAAGAAGGAAGGUGUUUAAUGUGUAGAUAGAAUUUUGUUCAUCGUUUUAUCUGUCGACUCACCGUAGAUCGAUUCCGUUUCUCGCGGCCCCGCGCACGCUUGUUAACGCGCCGGGGUUGUCACUGUAAGGUUAAACUCCAAAUGAAAGAAGUGACCGAACGCGGUAGGGAGAGCAAGAAGAAUAAUCGACAAAGAAUAAUCGAAGAUUGUACAUUAUUGUAUUUACACGAAGCGAAGUACCUCUACUUUGUAUUGUACGAGCGAAAGAACGAACGAACGAACGAAUAAUAAUAAUAAUCCAUUUGUACGCCGUGUCGACACGGCGUCGAGGGAUUCCCCAGUUGUUCCGUUUUUUGUAUCGCGAUCUGCGUGUAUCCACGUUGUGUAUCCACAUUUAUCUCUUAUCUUCCACCGCGAUCUUUCUUAAUUUACGAUCAUCACAUUGCACGCGAAUUUCAGAUUCGCUCGACUCGUUUCAGAUUUCGAUUUUUUUUCCUUUCUUCAACUUCGUACAAUCCGUAAAGGUCAAGGAUAAUUUAUAAUCGAGUGAAAAGUAAAUGAAAUAAAAUGACGUGGUUACCGCAGAUCGGAUCCAACACUGCAGAUGAGCGAUGUUUAAGCUGUCAGCCAGCCUUAACAGUAUUCGCAUCUUUACACUUACCUCUUUAGCUUUAAGAGAAUGCAUAGAGACAGAGAGCCAGAGAUGCUGUCAGCGCUGACGUUGAUCCCCCAUCCCCCCUCUUUGUAGCAUCAAAAUUAGUCCGUAGAAAACGAACACGUAUGGAACGAGAGUGAGAGAGAACGAGCGAGCGAGCGAGCGAGAGAGAGAGAGAGAGAGAGAGAAAAGCGAGCGAACGAGAGAGAGAAAGUGAGAAUGAGCAUAUAUAUAUACGGAGUACGAAAAGAUUUCGUCGUGCAGAUUUUUUUAUGUAGAUUCACGUUCAGUGAAGCAAGAGAUACGUGUGUACCGUAUUUAGUAUAUUGUCGAUAAGCAUGAUGAUUUCGAUACACAUAACUACGUAUUAUAUACAUAUAUAUAUAUAUAUGUAAACUUUUUUCUGAAUUUAACAAAUUAAUCAUAUAUAUAUAUAUCGAUAUUGUAUAAAUAUUGUAAGGGAUAUCGCCCUCGAGUCGCGCGCGCGCUGCGUUAUGAAUCGAGCACAAAGAAGAAAGGAAAUAUAUUACGCGUAGCUCCUUUCGAUUUCGCUUGUUCGUUUGCUUUUAUUAUUGAAACAGCGAUGCAGGAAGCGUGAAAGGUAGGAAUCGAUGGCUUGCAAAAUUCUUGGACGCUUCGCCGGACGAACGUACUAAGAAUUAAAUUAAAAGAGAGAAUGAGAAUGGAAAUUUGAUGAACGGGAGAAUAGAGCAAAUGAAUGAAUGAGAGGGAGAGAGAGAGAGAGAGAACGAGAAAUAAAGAGCAAAUGCACCGAUAUUGGUAAUAAUUAUGAUUGUUACUCGAGAUCGUUAGGCCUAUCGUAAUUAUUUACUUUAACGGAGAAAAGAUAUACAGAACAAUUAUAAAUAGGUAUAAAUAUAUAUAUAUACAUAUAUAUAUAAAGAUUAUGUAUAUAUGUAUAUAUAUAUAUGAUACAAACAUAUACAUGCAUACAUGUAUGGAACGAGCGCGGUGAGCCCCCUUCUUAUGUAGACCUUUAAAAAGGGAAAAAGAAAAAAAACAAAAAAAAAAAAAAAGAAAGGGAAGAUGAGAGGGAUUUAGAGUCGGAUGGGAAAGGGAGAUUAUCUUUAUUCGCGAGCGAACAAACGUUGUUAUAUUAUCAUAAAUAUUAUAUAUUAUAUAUUAUACAAUACGAAAUCGAGCAAUAUUGUAUUGUUACUUCGUCGUUAAUAUUUAUCACCGCCUAUUCGAAGAAUUAUAUUAUAUACCUAUUUUACAAAAUAAUCCCUCGUAAUCUGAACGAGUAACUCAUAUCGAACCUGUUACAGGUCUAUGUGGUACGCGUACUUUUAAAUACCUAUUCACAGGAUUGUAUAGAAUACGCAGAUUUAAGUAGAUAGACGCGUAGAUAGGUCAAAAUAGGCGAAGUAGUUGCGGAGAAGGGAAAUGGUUCACGGUGUGAAUGGGAGAUCGAGUGAACGACGAGAAGAAAUUAUAAGCCGAAUAAUUGAACAGCGGUUUUUACGGAGCGAGAAAACUGCGAGAACAGCGACCAUUGAAAAAUGAAGAAAAAAAAAAAAGUAAAAAAAAAGUAAAAAAAAAAAAAAAAGAAAGGGGAGAGGCGAAAACUCGCGAUAGAUCGCUCGCGACCGAUUUUACCGUUGAAACGUUGUUUUUUUUUGUUCGAUUAAUGUAUUCCAAAGUCUAUGUAAGGUUGCGUGCAAUUUCUCUCGAGUUACCUUUGCUUGAAAAAAGGGAAGAUUUCGUUCGAGACUCAACUUCGUUCGAAGCUUAUCAUUCGACUGUCCCCUGACAAAGUUAUUGCGGUAUAGCGCGUGUUGUAGAUCGAGACGAUGAGAAACUGCGUGUACCGAUGUUUAACGUUUGCAAUAACAGAGUACGAAAUCGCGAUGAUUUAACACAAAUUGGGACCACCGUGCAAAAGUGCAAGGUGCCGAGACGAGAACGACCACGGCGCGACGAGUUCUAUCGUAUCGUCGAUCUUUUUCUUUUCCUUUUUUCGUUUCUCUCUUCCUUCACUACGACGAACGUCCAAUAACGUCUCGCGCGCCGGCCGUUUUCCGAUUCUUCGAAGCGAAAAAACAGUGAGACGAGCAAUCGCGAAAUAUUCAAUAGAGUAAACACAGUGAAGCCUGAUUAAGAAGUAGAACAAGUGAAAAAAAAAAAAAAGAAAAAAAGGGAAAAAAAAAAGAAAAAAAUAAACGAAACACAAAGAUGAUGAGAGACAGGGGGGAAGUACGCAAAAUAUUGUAAAGCAUUUGGUAAACAGACAAAUUGAUGAAAAAUCAGCUUCUCUCUUUUUAGUACCGAUGUAUUGUCGCUAGAUGUAUUACAGAGACGUAAGAAGUAUUCUUCGGCAGUACCAUUAUAACAAAUGCCUGUGUAUUUUACUUCUCGGCAAAUAAACCAUCAAGUAUUGUA